UAGUUUUAAAUGACUUUAUUGUUUUUCGAAGUAUUCUCCACGAAGCACUUAUUCCACUCGUUUGCUGGCAGAUCCAAAACGGCAUUUUUGAAUGCGUCAACUGCUUCUUCUGGUGACUGGAACCUUUGACCACGCAGUCUGUUUUUAAUUUUCGGGAAAGUAAAGAAAUCCUUAGGACUUAGAUCGGGACUAUAUGGAGGAUGGUCCAAUAAUUCCACGUUUUCUUCCGUUAAAUACUACUUUGUUUUUUGGGCUGUGUCCGAGCUUGCAUUGUCUUGGUGGAGGAUGAUUCUUCUUUCGGGGUUGAUUUUUCAAAGCUCGGUGAUGACUUUUGGCAAACAAGUGGUGGUAUACCAAUCCGCAGUAACAGUUAUUUGCUCAUUAAGAAGAAUUGUUGCAAUACGACCGGCUUUUGACACAAAUGUCGCGACCAUCUUUUUCGAAACACUUCGAGAACGGAUGACUUUUGUUGGCUUUUCUUCACCUUGGAACACCCAAACAGCCGACUGUCGUUUAUUUUCUGGUUCAUAACAGUAAAUCCACGAUUCAUCACUACUAACAAUGGCUG